UGGCAACUAAGCUUAGCGUCCCGCACAGCUUAGCGUCCUCGUAAAAAAUUGCGCCAUUGCGAAACGUGAUUCCAUCUUAACGGCCAUCACUCCUACCAAACUUGCAUGCAAUGCAGCAAGUUGUGAACAAUUUCGGGUUUGAAUUUCGUAACCGUUAGAACAUUUAUCAAAGUGUUAGUGAUACGAAAAACGUUGAACUUUACGACGCGUAAGUGAAACGAUAAAAAAUGGAGAAAAAAAUCAAAGCCGCGCAAUUAAAAAACGCCAAGCGCAAAUGCUGGUAAAAAAUAUUGAACACCCUGUGGGCAAAGCUACUCAAAUUCAUCCGAUUUUAGCAUGUCGACUCUGUCUUUCCUUCAGUUGAAAAAUGCUCGUGCUCCCUCUUCAGGGUGUUAGCAUUUGAAACGAACGGAUUAUAUUGCUCACUGCUUCUUCUUCAAACCGUUUUACCCACAUUAUGGAGAAAUGUUCUUUUUCAUAUGUCAAGUGAUAUCUAGCGAUAACAAGUGAAAGUGAAAAGUAAACAAGUUCUGUUCUGUGCAGUGACUGUGACGGAAUUUUGCAACAGCGGUUUAAUUGCUAUUUUGGAAAAUUUGUUUCAUUAUUUUUGAUUUUUUUGUUUUAUUUUGUUUUAUAUAAAAUGUCUUCGAGCAAUGACAGUAAUAUUUACCGGCGACGAAAGCGCAAUUUGGAGGAAUUGGAGCAGCAAACCGACGCUGAGUGGAGCCAGCUAUCAUUUAAGACCAGACCAGAUGGAUCCAUAGAAAUUCCUUGGCCAAAUAUGUCAAGUGACGAACCCGUAAAUACUAACAAUGGUGAUGGUGAAAGUGCUAACAAUUUUUUGGAAGGUGAUUUUGGUACUAACAUAGACGAUAAUUUAGGUAGUUUGGGUAUAGAUAGUGAUCACCUGGAUGCCGAUCGUGACGGUGAUGAUAAUAUCACAGCAGGUUUGGGGACUGCUUACAGUUUCUUAGAGAAAUUGACGGGGACAGAAGCUCUAAGAUACUGAGCAAUUUUGGGAAACCUGCCACGAUCGUCACUUAAUAUGCUUCUGGCGAUCUUAAGGCAUCAUUUCAACAUUGAUGUUCCAAAAGAUUCGCGGUAUCAAGGGAUUGAGACGGUCCUGCAACAACAUUUUCGGUAAGUACUUAUGCAUAAAUUGUACAAUUUGUUUGCAUAUGUUGCAACUAACUGGUACCUCUUUGCUUUUUAUUACAGGAAUGUCAUUCCCGAAGAAGACCUUUUUACGAUUCAAGUGUCUAUCGACGGGCUUCCACUCUUCAGAAGUUCAAAACGGCAACUGUGGCCGAUACUGAUAAGGGUGGAAGAAUUGCGAGAGGCUCCGGUUAUGCUUGUCGGUUUCUAUAGUGGACUGGAAAAACCGGAGCUGGUGGAAGAAUAUUUUCGGCCACUAGUGUUGGAGAUCAAUGAUCUUCAACAAAGAGGCUUGCAGUUCGGCAACAAGCUAGUGCGUUUCGCUUUAAGCAUAUUUGUUGCCGAUUCUCCAGCGCGAGCGUUUGCU